AUGCGUUGGAGCUUUCAUGCUCGUUGCUGGGGCUUUAUGCCUCUUUUCUGGGGCUAUAUGCCUCAUUUCAGCUUUACUCCCCCAGAUCUCCCCAAUUCCAAUCCUUUCGGUGUUGUCCCUUGGUUGUCCUCCAAUCGGUUCCUGCCUUCCUCCUCUAGGUGUAUUGGUGUUUACGACUUUGGUAGAGAUGGAGAUUCUUGGGCUGAUUGUUACUCAGACCCCCUCUCUCCCCGCUCGAUUUGGUUUCAUAUAUUGGCUACUACAUCAAUCCAGCAAAGCGAGAAAUCGCAAACAUCGUGGAAUUUGUGUAGAGCUACGGCUCGGGUGCUCGCACCACCUCUUUCCAGUCUCUUGGUUAUGUUUCCCUUGCUUUGGUGCUGCUCUGUUAGUGGUUGGCUUGUGGUGGCUGAUUUGUGGUGGAUUAGUUUUUCCUUUGAGUUUGAUGAUGUUUUGCUUAUUGGGUUGUUUUGCUCCGCUUAA